AGGCAGCAUGUUGGGUCGCGGGGUGUUGGGCCGGUGCCGGGCGGUCGUGCUGUGCGGAGGUGAAAAUACUGUUCGGACAAUUGCCAUGGAUGGUACUGAAGGCUUGACCCGUGGACAAAAAGUUGUGGACACGGGGGCACCUAUAAAAAUUCCAGUUGGUCCAGAAACACUUGGGAGAAUAAUGAAUGUGGUUGGUGAGCCAAUUGAUGAAAGAGGACCUAUUGCUACCAAACAAUUUGCAGCUAUUCAUGCUGAAGCUCCUGAAUUUCAAGAUAUGAGUGUGGAGCAAGAGACUGGCAUUAAGGUUGUAGACUUACUGGCUCCAUAUGCCAAAGGAGGCAAAAUCGGGCUCUUUGGUGGUGCUGGUAUAGGGAAAACAGUACUAAUUAUGAAACUUACCAACAAUGUGGCAAAAGCCCAUGGUGGUUAUUCAAUCUUUGCUGGUGUGGGGGAACGUACCCGAGAGGGCAAUGACUUGUAUAAUGAAAUGAUUGAAUCUGGUGUCAUCAAUUUGAAAGAAGACACAUCCAAGGUUGCUCUUGUGUAUGGUCAAAUGAAUGAACCUCCAGGAGCUCGGGCCAGAGUAGCCUUGACUGGCCUGACUGUUGCUGAAUAUUUUCAUGAUCAGGAAGGACAGAAUGUGCUUUUCUUCAUAGACAAUAUCUUCAGGUUUACCCAAGCUGGUUCAGAGGUAUCUGCACUUCUGGGUCGUAUCCCCUCUGCUGUAGGCUACCAGCCAACAUUAGCUACUGACAUGGGUACAAUGCAGGAAAGAAUAACUACUACAAAAAAAGGAUCCAUUACAUCUGUACAGGCUAUUUAUGUACCGGCUGAUGACUUGACUGAUCCUGCUCCUGCUACUACUUUUGCACACUUGGAUGCUACCACAGUAUUAUCCCAUGCAAUUGCAGAACUGGGUAUCUAUCCAGCUGUAGAUCCUCUGGAUUCCACUUCCCAUAUUAUGGACCCUAACAUUGUGGGCCAAGAGCAUUAUGAUGUGGCUCGGGAUGUUCAGAAAAUUCUUCAGGAUUACAAAUCCCUUCAAGAUAUAAUUGCUAUUUUGGGAAUGGAUGAACUGUCUGAGGAAGACAAAUUAACUGUAGCCCGGGCCCGAAAAAUCCAGAGAUUCUUGUCACAGCCUUUCCAGGUUGCUGAAGUCUUCACAGGCCAUGAUGGAAAACUGGUACCUCUAAAAGAAACAAUCAAAGGAUUCAAGAGCAUUUUAUCUGGUGAAUAUGACCACCUACCAGAAUAGGCCUUUUAUAUGGUUGGUCCUAUUGUAGAAGCUGUUGCUAAAGCCCAGAAGCUGCCUGAAGAACAUGUCUAGACUGACUUACUGUAUGUAAUUAAAUCUUGUAAAUUUUAAAUGCAUCAAAGCUAUUCCAGGAUUGAACUAGAAAAAAAUUAAAGGCUCUUUUAAAAAGGCAAAUAUUUGGACAGCUCCAUAUGUUGGCUUUUAUUUCAGCUAACUUGCUGUUAAAAGUAGUAACUUUUUUUGGGGGAAAGCAAGGUACUGCUUUUCAGUUGUUGUUUGGAGGGGGAAAGCUUGAUGGUUAGUGGCUGUCCUAUGUGAGCUUUCCCCCAGCCCUGCUCCUGGGAGGUGGUGGCAUGGGGUGGUGGGUGGCAGUGCUCUGUUUCUGAACACCUGUGCAUACCUCAUAGGGCCUUCCCAAGUACCCCUGGGGCUAUAUGUACCCUUGAUUGACAACCCAUGCACUAAAAGUACAGUAGGACUAGUAUAUUAGAACUAACACUAGCAACACACCACUGUCCCUGACUCCAAGGAAAACAAAAUAAAAUUCUACUGCUUGAAACGAGAGUGAAAAUGCUGUGCCACUAUGAAGAUACUGUAUAAGAUUUGUAAUGGAGUUCAAAUGGACUCCAUUUGUAAUAGAGUUUAAAGACCGCAGAUUCCAGGGGGCAAGC